AUGUUGACGAUAGAUGUGCCCCAAGGCUCAUGGAUGAAUCCCAUAUUGGACUAUCUGCAAAAUGAUAAGCUGCCAAAAGAUAAGUUGGAGGCACGAAGGCUGCGAGCUCGAGUAGCUCAGUACUACAUCUACGAUGAUAGAUUAUACAAGAGAGGGUUUUUCGCCUCGCUUCUAAGGUGCAUUGAUGGCACCGACUGUCAAACUGUGCUGGAAGAAAUUCACGCGGGCUAUUGCGGUAAUCAUGCUACAACACUUUCAUUGGCACAAAAAGGACUUCGACAGGGGUUUUACUGGCCCACGAUAAAGUAA